CUCUCCUACGCCGAAUUUGGAGACCCAGUGACUCAGCUGAGGUUUGAAGAAGCAGCAGAGGCCCCUUUGGGACGUGACCAGGUGCGCGUGCGCAUGCUGGCCGCUGCCAUCAACCCGGCUGACAUCAACCAAGUGCAAGGGCGGUAUGCAUCCCAGCCCCCUCUUCCUGCCGUUGGCGGAAACGAAGGUGUCGGUGAAAUUGUCGAGGCAGGCCCCAAUGUGGAUCCAGCCGUGGCUCGCGUAGGUCAGCGCGUGGUCUUUGGCACCAGUCAGAUGGGCACUUGGUCGGAGUUUGUACUCGCCGGGCAAGACCAAGUGCUGGUUUUGGAUGAUGAUACCUCCGUGGAGCAUGCCAGCUGCAUGAUGGUCUCGGCCUGUACGGCCUACCGCAUGCUUCAUGACUUUGUGCAACUUCAGCCUGGUGACAUUGUACUUCAGAACGGCGCCACGUCAGCGGUUGGUCGUGCCGUCAUUCAGAUCGCCAAGUCAAUGGGUGUCACAUCCGUAAAUGUUUUGCGCCGUGAACGCCCCGACUUGGAGGGCACUGUGAGCGAGCUGCGAAGCCUUGGUGCUGAUGUGCUAGCUUUUGAAGAAGAUCUAGAGACCCGGGAAGGCCUCCGCCAGCUCCGAGCACAGUUGGACAGGCCCGUGCAUCUCGCACUCAACUGCGUCGGUGGAAAAAGCGCGACCAAUUUGACGCGCCUCGUGGGGCAGCGGGCCAGCCUGGUGACCUACGGUGGCAUGUCUCUACGCCCAACUCAACUCUCCACGGCCAAAAUGAUUUUUGAAGAUCUGCGACUUUUUGGCUACUGGAUGACGCGCUGG